AUGUCGUUCCGGCCGAUCUUGCAACAGCGGGCUGUGGCUCCGAUCGCAGCCACCCUCCUCGCAGGAGGCAUUGCUCUGUACCCUAAACAGAUGGCCUUCGCUGAAGAGCCUCGAGAGAGGAAACCCAUCUACGACGACUUCCCAUCUGACAUCCCCGAAACCACCAAAGCCAUCGAGGCCGCGCCUGCUGCACCUGCACCUGCAUCAGAGCCCGAGGCACCAAAGACCAUCUCUCUGCCGUUGUUGCAAACAUCUCCCUCCUCGCCAACUCCGACAGACAUCCUGACUUCUCAGGUCCGACAAGCCCGGCUCUUCCUCUACUCGAACUCUCUUUGCGUGGAGAACAGCUUCAACGACUUCUUGUCCCGAGCUCUGCACAUCGAGAAUGCCUUCACCAACACCGUUGCCUCUCUCGCCCCUUCUCCCGACUCCGGUGAGCACUUGACUCCCGGUGGUGUCUACGUCGUCGUGGCCGCCAUGGCCGGCUCCAUUGUGUCACGCAACCGCGGCAUUUUCCUCCGCACUCUCUCCCCUCUUGCUUUCGGUACUGUGGCUGCUUAUACCCUCCUGCCUGUUACUAUGAAGAAUGUCGGUGAACUGGCCUGGAAGUACGAGAAGAGAUUCCCCGCCGUGGCGGAUCAACACAUUGCUAUUCGGGAGCGCGCAGAGCACAUUUGGUAUACUGGCCUCGCACACAGCGGUAUGGCCCGCGGCAUGAUGGAGGACAAGAUUGGUGAGACUCGUAAGAAGUUGGAACAGCUGGUGAGCAAGGGUCACUAG